AUGAACGCAACAGCAUAUUGCAGAAUCCAAGCCCAAACAUUUGCACAGGUUGUGCAGAACGGCUCCGAGGUCAAGCUUGAUGCAUGGCUGGAAAAGUACAACGGUGGCGUGAGCGCUGGCGUUAUCAACACGGCCAAGGUCAUGAAGAACGUCAGCUACCCCAAGGCUUGGGACAGCGACCCGUAUGUGCUGAUCCCAAACAUCUCUAGCAGCUUGCGAAAGGACACGAAGGUGGAGGGCAUGGGCUACCCCUCUUACGUCUGGGGGGAGGGCCUCGUGGUUGCCAACAUCUUCGGGCCUUAUGAUGCCCGACUGAUGCGCCGAUCCUUUUCCCACCUUGGUCAAGCCGUGGAGCUCCGCGUGGGCUCGAGCUCCGGGAUGUAUCCCAGGUGGGGAGCCUUCAUUGCCGAGCAUCCUGGGUCGUGGAGCACGCUCACACAGUGCCCGACGAAGUCCGUCUUUAAGGAUGGCUCCUGGGCCUACCGGUUUAAAGCCUCCUCGGGUGGACGCAGCGCGACUGUGCUGCUGUCCGGCGAGGGCGAUCCGGGCUACCGCUUCACAGCUCAGGGCCUCGCCGAAGCCGGACUUUGUCUAGCCGGCAAGGUGCCAGGGUGUACGCGCUCAGCCGGGGGCGUCUUCCCCCCAAUGGGAGCCUUCCAACCUGCGGUGAUGAAGUCGCGAUUAGAGUCGGUCGGCCUCCUGAAAGUGGAGCAUGUGAAGGAGGAUAUGGCCAUCAUCCUCUAA